CACACAAGGAAGAGCCACCACCGCUGGCCACGCCUCCACCAUGCUGAUUCGCGGGCUGAAACGGCUGGUAUUUUCUCUGGCAAUACUGUUGAUCAUGGUUCUAAUCGCAGCCACGGUUUAUCGCGACCGACUGCCGCGCUGGGGGGCACAGCCAGGCCUGGUGCCUUCUCUACACCACGAUGACAACGCGUCGGGACCAAGGUUCUCACAAGGCCUCGCAGGGUCGGAGAAUGAUCUCAGGGCUCCCCAGGUGGACAUGACGCGCUAUCGCGAGGUUUUUUCGGUUUCCAGCGCCUCGAGAGCGUACUUCCUGGUUGAUUUCGACGGGCACCAGGCGAUCAACCCCAGCAUCCUACCGCACCCGAAGCUCCCCAACACGUGGAUAAUCGUUGCCCAGAAGCGACGGCUACCGGGGGACGAGACUGGCGUACACGUCGAGUUGGUCUGCAACGCGGUGUUUCGCGCGGACGGCGUGCUUGCCUGCGUCGAGCCGGCGGCGGUGCUGCCCAUCGCGCCGACCCAGGGCGACGACGCCAUGUGCGAAGGAGAUGUGGCUUACUUCCGACUCAACGAGGGCCCGCACGAUGCUCGCGUGUUCUUCGGGCCCUGGGCGCCGUAUACCAUCUACGGCUCGAACGCGGUCCAUACAUGCUUCUCGCAGUGGAUGCUGGACUUCCGCCUGCUGGUCGACUGGGGGUUCGAGUUCUACCACGAGGAUACCUUCCGCCAGGCGACGGAGUUGCAGCGGCCGGUACCCUAUGGGGUCGUCGAGAAGAACUGGUUCGUCUUCUGGGACGCCGCGGGCGCCCUGUACGCCCACUACGAUAUUGCCCCGCGGCGUGCCUUUGCCCGCCUGAGCGCCGACGGCUCUGUGGGAGAGGAUCUCGCGCCCCUUGCAGCAGCGGCGGGGGAUGAUCGCUGCAUGCAGGCCCAUCUGCCGCGGCUGGAGAGCGAGCUCGAAUCGCUGCACCAGGCGACCAACUCGCUGGCCAUCACGCUGUGCCGGCGAGCGGACCCGACCUGUCAAGAAACGGAGGACAAUACCUUCAUUCUGACCAUCUUCCAUCACAAAAGCUUCUACCAGUUCCACUCGGUCUAUGAGCCGUACGUGAUGCUGUUUCGCCGCUCCGCCCCUUUUGCCCUCUACGGCCUCUCUACCAAGCCGCUCUGGAUCCACGGCCGCCGCAGGCCCGGUGAGUGGGAAGAAGAUCUGGCCGCUGCCCGGUGGGCGCUUCCCACGACCGAGGAGGCGCCGCCGGUGCCGCCUGAGGCCUACUCGGAAAUGAUGUUCAUGACCUCGGUGACUUGGAAGAACCACGGCCUCAAGUACCACGGUUACCUGGACGAUAUCGUCUUCCUCGGCUUCGGCAUCGAGGACAAGCAGACGGGGGGCAUCGAUGUCCUUGCAGGCGAUCUCCUCGCUGACAUUCGACUGUGUUGAGUCUUUUUUUUUUUUCUUUCUUUUGGU